ACCAGUACCGUCCUACGACCGUUCGGAAUAUACCGGAAAAGACAGGAUUUAGACUAUUCACAAACAUGGCUGCCUCCAUCCAAAACGUGUUUUAAUCUUCUGAUUUGGCAAAUACUCAUAGCUACUUAGAGAUAAGAAAUAAUAACAUUCUAUUGCAAUAAUGGAAGAGGAAAAUUUCCCUAGAGGAGGUAUCAAGAAGGUUGAAGGAAAGAAACACAAAAAAGAAUACAGUUUGUUUCAGAGCCCACCAGAUGAUGUAGAGAAAAAAAAAGCAUCUAAAAGAAAGAGGAAAGGAGGGAAGAAUGAUGCUGGGCCAGAAGUUAAGAAAAAGCACAAAAUGGAAGGACAAGUGUCUGGUCAGGUGGGACAAGAGCAGCCACAGCACCUCACUAAAAAGUUGCUGUAUCCAGGAAUGAUGAUGCUUGGAUAUGUUAGACAGAUAAAGAACUAUGCUGUCAUGAUUGCCCUGCCUAAUGGCUUAUCAGGUGUUGUACCAAUAACUAACAUCUCACAGGCAUACUCAGAGAGUCUACAGAGAUUUUCAGAAGGUCAAAAUCAAAAUGCAGAGGGUAUCUGCACAUUGGCAGAGCUGUUUCAAGUUGGCAUGAUAGUGCCGUGCAAGUUGACAGAGUUGGAAAAAUCAGCAGAGAAUAAUAUGCUGACAUUGACCAUAAACCCGAAGGAUGUGAAUAGUGAUCUUUCAUCAGCCAGUCUUAGACAUGGAAUGUGUGUAUAUGGAAGUAUAUCAAGUGAAGAAGACCAUGGAUAUAUAGUUGAUAUUGGUGUGAAAGGCGUGCAGGCGUUCCUGAAGAAGAAAUAUGCAGCUAGAUAUAUACAACUCUAUAAUAAUGAUAAUGCACUACAUGUAGGCCAGUAUUUGAUGUGUAAGAUUCAGCUAAAGGGAGACAGAAUGUCAGUGUUGACAGGACAAAAUAGAGUGAUCAACGUUUCCAUAGAUCCACUAGAACUGAAAAAUAUCGAGAGUCCUGAAGACAGUGAAAUUCCUUUCACAUCUGUAGUACCUGGGAUGAAAAUGCAUGCCAAAGUUGAAAAGGUUGUAAAGAAUGAAGGGUUGAUCAUACAGUUUAACAAGUUUAGAGGGCUGAUACAUAAAUCACAUCUACCACGACAACCUGACAAGUACAACCAUGGUGACCAGAUCACAGGCAGUGUAUUAUUUAUACAUCCUCUAAUAAAGACAGUAACAUUGACUGCAUUACCACACCUUGUAGACUAUGUCGGGAUCCCACUAGGCAUAUUUGGUGAGCUCAAAGUUGGAGACACUAUAGAAGAAGCCAUAGUGAAGAGGACAGAAAAGAAAAGAGGUGUUUUCUUAAAUCUUCAAAAUGGUGUAACAGGAAUAGCUACAAUGUAUAACCUAAGUGAUGACACUGUAGAGAAUUUAGGUACAACCUUUAAGAAAGAUUCAGUUCACAGGUGUAGAGUGCUAGGAUUCUGGCCUAUGGAAGCUCUUGUUAUUGUAACAAUGAAGCAGAGUGUGUUGAAUGAAAAGUAUACAACUAUAUCAGAUAUACAACCAGGGGAGAUUGUUGAUGUUAAAGUAAAGAAAAUGGAGAAGAAAGGUAUAAGAGUUGAACUAUACAGGGGAGUUAAUGGAUGGAUACCCAAUAAUCAACUGGCAGACGUAACUCUUCAACAUCCUGAACACAAGUUUAAAGUUGAUGAUAAACUCAAGUGUAGGGUAUUGAGUGUAAACAAGAAAGAUUCAUCUGUAAUCUUGACUCACAAGAAAUCGCUGUUGACCAGUAAAUACCCAGUUAUCUCCAGUUUUAACAUGUUAGAGGUGGGACAGAUACUCGAGGGGUAUAUCUCGGCUAUUGAAAAAUGUGGAUGUUUUGUCAGAUUCUACAAUAAUGUUAUGGGAUUGGCUCCACGCUCGUUGUUGAGUUCCGAGCCUAUAGAACGCCCAGAGGAUGUGUUUUAUAAAGGUCAAGUUGUGAGGUGUAAAGUGGUUGAUGUUACACCUGCAAACAAAAAGUUUAAAUUGAGUUUUGUUCUUGAAGGUAAAACAGAGUUUGGCAAGAAAGGGAAGGAUUUGCCAAAGGACUUUCAAAUUGGCAAGAAAGAGAAAUGCAAAAUUCUGACAAAGACUGAAGAUGGGCUUGAUGUUAAGCUUAGCUCCUCCCAAAAGAAGGCGUUUAUUCCUAAGACACACCUAUCAGACUCCAUUGAACUGUGUGAUGCAUUAUGGGACGUGUACAAACCUGGAGAUGUUAUAGAGAAGGCAAUGUAUUGGAAUAAAUCCAGAUAUGCAAUAUUGACAUGUAAACCUUGCCUUCUGUCAUCUGCUGAAAACAAAGAUGAAUUUGUGACAUCAUUUGCUCCACUCAAGCCAGGGAUAAUGUUACCAGGGGUUGUUAAGAAUAUAAUGCCAUAUGGUAUCUUUGUGGAGUUUCCUGGUGGUUUAUUUGGGCUGGUUCCCUUACAGUAUGCUUUGGAUGUAAAAGUACCAGAUGUUAAGACAUUUUACCAGCCUGGACAAACUGUUGUAGCAAAGAUUAUAGAGGUGAACAGUGAGAAGAAAAGGUUUCUGGCUUCACUCAGAAUGCAAGAUUGUUACUAUGGUAACACACAAGUUGGACUUGAUUUGACAUGGAACUACCUUAAGGAAAGAGAAAGACUGUUUGAAUCAUUACAAAAUUCUGAAGAAAAAGGAAAUCUGGCACAAAUUAAGAUUGGUAGCAUCCACAAAGUUACUGUAAUCAAAAUGACAAGAAUAGGUGCUGUGUGUGAGUUAAAGAAUGGUAUCAAAGCUAUUGUUACUAGUGACAAUAUAAAUGAAAAGCAGAAAGUUGGAGUGGGUAAAACAUUUGACAGUGUAGUGUUGUAUGUAGACUUGAAACAAAACUGUGUAGAAGUUUCUAUAGAUACUAAAAUUGUUCCUCAUGUUAAAGAAAGGAUUGAAAGUGAAGACAUGGAAAAGGCAAAAUUAGGUGAGGUAUAUCAGUCGUGGGUAGUCCUGAUUAAAGAGGACUUUGUCAUAGUUAGACUUACAAACCAGGCCAGAGGGCAGCUGGCCUUCUUACCUGCUAAAAGGCACUGGAAUGAUGUACUGGAGAGACAUCAGUAUAAUGUGGGACAGAAAAACAAGGUACAGAUUAAAAGGAUUGAGGGAGAUAUGAUACUGGCCUCACUAAAGGUACAUGAAGAUAAAGAACUAGAGGAUGAAGAAAAAAUAUCAUAUAUACCGACACAUAAACUUCAGAUUGGAGACAGAUUUGAUGCUACUGUUCGGAAGAUGUACAAAGAUCAGAUUUACAUCAAUGUGUGUGGGACGUAUGGAAGAGUGUUUGUCACGGAGAUGUCUGAUGAAGUUGUUGAUGGAAGCUGUCCACCAUUAAGAAUGCAGAAACGUGAACAUGUAAAAGUACGCAUUAUUGGAUUUAGAGAUCACAAGUCAAAGGCGUAUUUGCCAAUAUCGCACCCAAAAACAAAGAAUGCUAUGCCAGAUUGUUCGAUGAAGCCGAGUGUUCUUGCUCUAGACAAACUUCCAGAUGAUUAUAUCUGUUCAGGUGACAAAUAUAGCAUAGGGGAAAAAGUAGUAGCUUCUGUGAUUACGUUUUCUAAUGGCUACCUACAUACAAAGAUAUCACCACGUGUUCGAGGCAGAGUUUAUCUUCUCAAUUUGUCUACAAGUUUAGAAAUGUUAAGAAACCCAACUAAACAUUUCAAGAAUGGUCAGGUAUACAAUGCAACUGUUAUACAAAAGGUGUCAUCUGGUGAAGUUGAAUUAUCGUUUCUAGAGGCUCCUCUCAAAGAGUUAUGUCCUGGUGUUGAGGUGCGGGCAGUUGUGUUUUGUGUAACAAAAAGUUUUGGGAUGGUGGUUCGGCUGACUGAUAAUAUACGAGGCACGUUAGACAUAACUGACAUGUCAGAUAACUAUGAAAACCUCCCUCUACAAGGAUACAAGAAAGGGGACAUAGUGACUGUACGCAUUCUGAAAGUAGAUAAAUUCAACAAACAAGCUGUUGUUACCAUGAGGCCUGAUGAGACUAACAAUAAGCCAGUAGACCGGAGGAUAGAACGUAUGGCUGAUUUGAAGAUAGGAGAGUUUAUCCGAGGCUAUGUAGUGGCAGUGGCCAACAAGGGUAUAACAGUAAGACUUGGUGUUAAAAUGACUGUUGUGUUACCUCCUGAUUGUAUAGUGAAAGGAAAAUAUGUCAACUUAGACUUAAUGAAGGAAAAUUUUGAAAUAGACAGUGUCAUUAAACUGAAAUUUCUUGGAUUUGAUGACAGAAAUACUGCAAAAUGGUCAGUUCAUCACGAUACAGAUUUUCCUGAGGAGUGCCUUUCUGACAGACCGUUCUCUAAUGAACCGUUCUCUAAUGAAAUUAGCAGAAACAGAUCCAUUUCAAAUUCAUCAGCUGACUCUGAAGCUACCAAAAGUAAGAGAACUAAACUGAAAAACAUGGAAACAGCAAGUGAUAUUGAUGAAACUAUUGAACUAGAGAUAGGUGGUUUAGAAAGAAUGGACGAUGGUAACUUAGAUGAAAGGGACAGUGUUACAAAUAGUUCAGUUGUGAGUGAAGCUACUACAAGUUUGAGUGAUUGUUUAGAAGGAAAAAUAAACAAAGAUUGGGAUAGUCUGAAUAGAUCUGUGUCUGAUAGUGAUUUCAGCAUAGAUGCUAGUGAUGAUGAUGAUGAUAAUGAUGUGGAAGACAAGGAGGAAGGAGAUGAUGAGAAUGUGAUUGAUAGUGAAUCUAAAGACAAUAAUAAAAACACAGGGAAAAAUAAAAGAACUAGGAAAAAGUCUAGAAGUGAAAAUAUGUUAGAAGAAACAAAGACUACAGUAAAUGCUAGUGAAACCAUAGGAGAUGAUAAUGCAAAGUUAGAUAUUGUAGAAGAUUCAGAUACAGAAGCAAAUCUUCAGAUUAAAGAAAGAUUAACUAGAAAACUGUCUGAAAAAGCAAAGGAGAUUCAGAAUGAAGGUUCUAGUGUAGAUAAGAGCACCAGAAAGAGGAAGGUACGAGGGGAUAGAAAACAGUCCGGAUCUGAGAGUGAGUCAACUAGAUCAAAGGUUAAAAAGGUGGAAGACUCUGAUAGUGAAGAUGAUGUUAAAAUCGUAACCAAGUCUGAUUUGCAGGUGUCUGAAAAGCCUGUUCUAGAUUUAGGACAAGGAUUUAGCUGGGAUACAGAGUUUAAGUUGCCAUCACAGAAACAAGAGGAUAUUAGUUCUGAUGAUUCAGCUGAUGAGGAUUCUCAGAAGCAAGUGAAAAAAUCCAAGGAACAAAUACGUGAAGAAAAAAUAGAAGAAGAAAAAAGAAUAUAUAGGGUGAAGAUGCAACGUUUAGAAGGUGAGAUACAACCUGAGACAGCAGACGACUUUGAUAGACUGGUUCUACAAUCUCCUAACAGUUCUCUUGUCUGGUUACGUUACAUGGCUUUCCAUUUAGAGACAACAGAAAUAGACAAGGCCAGGGCUGUAGCGGAGAGGGCAUUGAAAACCAUCUCUUUUAGAGAAGAACAGGAAAAGUUGAAUGUUUGGGUGGCAUAUUUGAACCUAGAGAACAUGUAUGGUACAUCAACAACGGUGACAAAGGUGUUAACUCGUGCAGCACAGCAGAAUGAUCAGAUCACAGUGUAUCUACAGAUGAUCACUAUAUAUGUCAAGUCGGGAAAAAAUGAGGAUGCUGAGCAGUUAUUUAACACUCUGGUGAAGAAACACAGUGGUAAUAAAGAUGUGUGGAUCAAGUUUGGAGAGUUCUACUUCCAACAGGGUCGUUUAGAAUCUGCUCGUAAACUGUUACAACGAUGCCUGAAAAGUCUGGAAAUGAGACAACAUGUAGAUGUAAUAGUGAAGUUUGCUCAGAUGGAAUUUAAGCAUGGAGAACCCGAGAGGGGUAAAACUAUGUUUGAGAACACAUUAAGUACCUACCCAAAACGUACAGACCUCUGGUCAGUUUAUAUUGAUAUGGUCACUAAGAUUGGAGAAUUUGAUUCUGCCAGAUCUAUAUACAACAGGGUGAUUGAACAUAAAAUGGCUGCAAAGAAAAUGAAAUUUUUCUUCAAGAAAUAUCUUCAAUUUGAGGAGAGAUAUGGGUCAGAGGAUAAUGUUGCUGAAGUAAAGAGGAAGGCAUUACAAUAUGUGGAAUCACAGGGGUUUGUGGAUGAAUGAAUAAAUGUGUACAGUCUGUGAAAGACCACCAGAUUUUGCAUAGAAAUGAAGUUUUAGGGUUGUUGGUUAUUAAUGUAUAAAUUAUGAGAUUUUGUUGACAUAAAGUUUUAACUUGAAUGAAUUGAAAAAUAGAUUUAAUGUUGACAUUUUCAUUAGAUAUUAUAUAAGAAUUUUAAGAAAAUGUAUGUGAUUUGAAGAGCAAAAAUUAAUUUUAUGAAUAUGUAGAUGGUGUGUAAUGUUACACUCUUCAGUGAAUAUAUUAUAUAGUGGUUAAUAACGCCCUGCACUACAUGAACGAAAGGCUUUGUGACAAAACAGGAUGUACAGCAUGUCAAAUGAUGUUGUGUGAAUCAUAUUAAAAUUGUAUACUGAUAUAAUAUUAUAAACAUGAUAUUAUAUCAGGGCAGAACUUUAAACAUUUAAAGAUAAAUGAAUGUUUCCUGUAAUGUUAUUGAAGAUACAGAAGUUUUAAUGAUUGUAUAUAAGUGUUUAUAUCUCGGUGGUAAACUUUAUUGUUGUCUGUUUAUUAGAUGAUUUAAAACAAAAAGAAGCCAAUAAAUGAAUUAUAUACAAUAA